UAAAAAUGUUACCAGAGAAACCUCCUAUCGAUGAAACUGAGAUGAGUCUUAAUUGCUUGCUGACCUGUUCCUACGAUCCUCUUAAAUCUGUGUUGUCAAAGUUAUUAAAGACCCAGAGGGCGCAUGAAAACCUGAUUCAGGAACUUGUGCGUGCUGGAAGAGGUAAGAGCUCCCAGAUGUCGCAACGGAAGCUGCUUGAUUUAGAAAGCAAGGCCAAAGAUGUACUCACAAAACUAAAAUCUCUAAACACUCAAACCUCUAUCCUCCUUCAGUCCAAAGAAUCCUCUAAACUCCCAGAAUCUGAAAUUGAUGGUCAAAGAAGGUCAUACCAGAGGCAGUUAGGCCAAUUAUAAAAAUGAAAUUUGCGACUAUCCAGGAGGAACUGAAGCGAGCUUCCCAGAGCGACGGCUUCCUUCCUCCAAGCUUUACUGAGACCAUCCCGACUGUGAAGAAGGUGUCUGACCUGAAGGAGCCUUCUCCUCAAGAGACUAAUAUUUAUCAUGAAGAAAUAGACAACCUGGUUGGGGACAUCGAUGACAAGUUAGCUAAAAUCAGAGGAACUAAUCAUGAACCUGAAGAACCCCAGUUUGACUUCGUCUCAUUUUUGGCAGAGAUCCGACUCGAUGUUGAUAAUAAGGUAGAAAAUGUACUAGAGAGGAUUAAGGAGGUCGAGGAUCGUAUCCAUACUGAAUCUUUAAACCAACAGAAGCCUGGGAUGACUCAAGGAGAAAAGAAGAGAUUAGUGGAUCUUGAAACAAAGUUAGCUGAACUUCCAUCGGCUCCAACUAUAGAGAUUCCUGUGGAAAAUGAUUCCUUCCCAAAUGAAGAAUUCGAAAAAUACAAGAAGUUGGUUGAGGAUAGGUUCAAUUCUCUCGAUUUGAAGUUGAAUGAAGACAAUAAGGAGCUAUUGGAUAGUCUCUCAUCUGCUCAAAAGAGCAUCCAAGCUUUAGAGUCUGUGCGGCAUGUUUCUCCUGCCUCUCAUGAAUCUCACACAAAAGAUUUGAUGGAACUCAAUGAAAAAGUUCUUAUGAUUUAUGGAAUUGAGAAUAAACUUAAAGAUCUGACUGAAGAGAAAGAGCGGCUUGAGUCAAAAACAGAAAAGGCUGAUAAAGACUUUACUAAGCUACUCGAGAUCUUAGACACCAAAGUUGAUGAAGACAAGUUUACAGUUAAUGUAAGAGAAACUGCUCAGCAUAAGAAGGAAAUAGAUGACCUUAAAGAUUAUGCAAAUGAGCUUCAGGGUGAAAUUUUUGCCAUCAAAAAUGACACAGGACCAGAUUAUGAGAAGAUGAUAAGCACUCUUCAGAAGCAAGUUAACCAGAAUUAUGAUGUUGGGCUUGUGAGAACCCAGCAUAAUGAGAAAGAGCUUGAGAAAAUAAACUCUAAGAUAAUGUCGAUUAGGAGUACAGCCGAGAGUGCAGAUACUAAUACUAUCAAGAAUGGCCAAAAUCUCGAAGGGAUUCAAAAGAAGCUUAAUGCUCUAGAUGAAGCAUUUAAUAGCUUCCUGCUGCCUAAGGACAUAUUGAACAAUAAUGGCUCUUCGGGAGAAUUGGACGCUCUGAAGGAAACUCUCUCAAAUCUUAGGAAAGAAUUCUUUAGGUUCAAAGAUGAAGUUUCCACUAAUUUUUCAGUCAUUGGAGAUACCCUAUCAUCCAAUGCUGAUAAGCAUGACCUCAAGGAGUUUGAGAAGAGGCUUCAAGACAAAAUCGAUAAGAAUUUAAAGAAUAUUAUGAGAAAUAAAAAUGAUAUAAGAAGGCAUAUACGAGAACUUGAAGAAAAAAUCAAAAAUUUCAAUUUUAACUCUGAUCAACCAACCACAACUAGGGAUGAUGCAAUGCUAGCUAGAAAGCAUGAAGGUUGGAAAUGUGCUAGUUGAGAGAAGGACUUAGUUAAUAUGGCAGGACUCCCUGUAGAGUUCUAUAAUUGGAGAAAACUUCCCAAAAAUAAGGUAGAGAAAAUGCCUAUGGUAGGCCAAGGCUUUUCUCGUAUGCUCAAAACGGUAACACCAGAGGUCCACAGCAUCAACACAACCCAAAACCUCAGCCUAAAUAACUCAAACCUCGCCAUAAAAGAAGAGGCUCCUUCCUCAACAAAGCACUCUCGACACCAGAGUGAAAACCUACUUAAUCUCAACAACUCCACUUCAAGCACCACAGGUCACAAACUUCCCGACAUCUCCAUAAAAAGCCCCUUCAAAAAAUCUCCCCAAUAACACCAUUCAACAUCCCUAA